AUGACUAAAAACUGGUCUUUGAGUAUGUUUUGGAACGGAGCUAAUCAAUCGUUCAUGGAUAUGCCUUGGUUUAUUCGGUUAGCUGGCUUGUCUGGAGCAGCUGCCAUUUGUCUCGGGGCUUUCAGUACCGGUACGAAAUAUCAUCUGCUGCAUAGCGCCGUCCUUCUCGCUUCAUCGUUCAGCAACAGGCCACGUCUAACGGCCGCGCUACUUUCUCUUGGAAUGGCUGGCUUCUGCGGCGGCUGUUACGGUUUUGCUUUGGCCGACUCACAGUUGGCUCGUAAGAUAACGCCAUUUGGAGGAAUCACUUUGAUUCUCGCCUGGUUAUCGUUUGCUUUAUAG